AUGCGUAAAGUCAAACACAUUGGUGUUGAGUUUUGCGGUGCUGUGGCCGUCCCAUUUCAAGGACUCGAGAGUCUAAGAUUUUACGACAUGCCAGAAUGGGAAACAUGGUCCCGUUCGGCAGAUGGUGAGGAAUACGAGAACCAGUUCCCUCAGCUUACUCAGCUUACAAUAUUCAAAUGCCCCAAGUUAACUAAUGUUUCUCCAUUGAAGCUUCCCGUUCUUUGUGACUUGGAUCUUCAGGAAUGCAAUAACGUAGUGUUACGAAGUUUCAGUAAUCUUAAAAAGUUAAACUACUUGAAAGUUGAGUCUGUUACAGGGCUAUCUCAUCUACCGGGGGAACUUCUGCAGUCCACGGAAUCACUUGAAGUUUUAGAGUGUUGUAACUGCAGGGAACUGCUUUCACUGUGGGAAAAUGGAGAUACAGUAGAACAUCUUGUCCGUCUAAGACGCCUCGUCGUUGCCGACUGUUCGGAACUUGUAUUCCUUUGCAAAGAGGAGCACCAGAUGCCUUCUAAUCUUGAAGUUUUAGAGUUAUUUCGCUGUCCAAGUCUAAUUUCCAUUCCAAAUAUGAGCAACCUCAGGAUCUUGAGAGAGUUUAUCAUCAAGAAUUGCAAAAGACUUGCCAGCUUUCCGGAAAAUGGUGUCCCUCCCAUGCUUCGACGCCUUGAGAUACUCAGUUGCAAUGCCUUAGUAUCCCUGCCCAGUAGUUUCUCAAACCUUGAAAGGCUGGAGGUUAAGGACUGCUCGUCUCUGAGGACCUGUUUAGAUGGUAACUUCCCUAUAAGCCUUAAGAAACUUACAAUCAAAACCUGCAAUCAACUUUCAGAGGCCAUGCUUCCACCGAACAAUGAAAUUUCUCUGGAAGAGCUUACUAUAUCCAAAUGGCUGAAUUUCAGCUCUUUACUUCAGCGUGUGCACAGCUUUUCACAUCUUUUUGAACUGUACCUAUCUGAUUGUAAUGGUCUAGAUAACUUCCCCGAAAACGGGUUGCCGCCAAACUUGAGAACACUUUCCAUUGAACAUUGUUCAAAUCUCAAGGCCUUACCAAUGCAGAUUCGAAACCUCACAUCCCUCGUAUCACUGGAGAUACGUACCUGUCGCAGGCUUCAGAACUUUCCGAGAUGUGAUUUUCCCCCAAAUUUAUCUUCACUAAGGAUCUGGGAUUCUAGGAAACUCGAGCCUCUAGCAAGGUGGGGCCUACACAGACUAACCUCUCUUGAAGAAUUUUCUAUCUGUGGCGGCUUUCAAGAACUGGAGUUUCUUGGUGAUGAUGACAGUCUCUUUCCUCGUUCUCUAACUAAGUUUUCUAUUGCAAGAUUUCCAAAACUUACUUCGCUCUCCAAGGUUCUUGAAAAUCUCACCUCUCUGCAACACCUAUCAAUCAUGAAUUGUAGAAACCUUAAUGAUUUGCCCAGCGAAAACCUGCUCGACAAGCUUUGGCGUCUAGAAAUAAGGGACUGUCCUCCUCUGAAACAACGGUGUCUCAAAGAUAAAGGGGAUUACUGGAACAAGAUAGCUGGAAUUCCUUGUGUGGAGUCAUCAGAGACCAUAUCUUUAUGUAGUCAGUUAACCAGCAUUGUCUAA